GCUGGGUUUUGACCACGCCCAGUCAGCUCGGCGCUGAGACUCAGGACCCGGAUGUGAGCUACAGCGAUAGCAGCCAAGAAUCAAAGAUGCAGACCAUAAAAUGUGUGGUGGUGGGAGACGGUGCGGUGGGAAAGACCUGUUUAUUGAUCUCCUACACAACCAACAAGUUCCCUUCAGAAUACGUGCCUACGGUAUUUGAUAACUAUGCAGUCACUGUGAUGAUUGGAGGAGAGCCAUACACACUUGGACUUUUUGACACAGCAGGUCAAGAGGACUAUGACAGGCUUCGGCCCCUGAGUUAUCCUCAGACAGACGUUUUUCUUGUGUGCUUCUCUGUUGUCUCACCUUCCUCUUUCGAGAAUGUCAGAGAAAAGUGGGUACCAGAAAUCUCCCACCACUGUCCUCGAACUCCAUUCCUGCUGGUUGGAACUCAGGUGGAUUUGAGAGAUGACUCUAACACAGUGGAGAAACUUGCUAAGAACAAACAGCGCCCACUGUCACCUGAGAGUGGAGACAAACUGGCCAAAGACCUCAGAGCAGUGAAAUAUGUGGAGUGUUCUGCCCUCACACAGAGAGGAUUAAAGAACGUCUUUGAUGAAGCCAUCCUGGCUGCCUUGGAGCCUCCUGAGACCAAACCCAAGAAACGCUGCAUUCUCUUAUAAAAGAAAUUUGGGAAAAGUUGAUGGGGAGACAUGAGGCAUUCAGACUGUGCCUUUAGUUUUACAAAAUUAAGAGUGGUUUGUGUGGUAAUAUGCUGACAUCUCACUUCCUGACUAAUGACCAGUCUUUCUAUAGAAGACUUACAUAUACACAAAAAAUUAAUGCCUUCAAAACAUGGAAAUGGAUAUGAAUGGCGUGCUUCUGUCUUUCUUUGUGUUAUUUGGUUUCACGACUGUGCCAUUACUUAAACCUACAACCAUUUAAAUGUGUUCUUCACAUCUCUCACUUUGACUUUGUUUAUCCUCAGCAGUCUUAAAAAAAUACAGAAGAAGCCCAUGUGAUCAGUUGUUUUUCCUUUUCUCAUUCCUUUGCAUUGAAGUGAUUGGAUCUUCAGGUUUUUCUUACCUCCUCUGUCCUCUGCAGGACUUCAACUGAUUUUGAUUUUUUUUUUCUUUCUCCAAAUGAUUGUGGCGUAUUAAUAAUGAGACAAGUAUUGUAUGAUUAUUUUUGUUUUUAUUUUGGUGAGUGGGUGUUUAACUGUUAGGACUUGGAGAUUUUAGUGCAAUUUUUUAAUAUUGUUUGAUUUUAUUUUGUGCUGUUUUUUUUUAGGUGCCACUUUUCAUCUUGGUUGGUCUUUUUGACUUUUAAGGAAUAUUAAAUGCAUCGUAAUCUAUUAAAUUAGCUGGUCUCUACAUUUGUAGUGAUGGAAAUUAAAGCAAUAAUAUUUACAAGUAAUAAAAAUGCAGGAUGUCUGACUAAUGUGGGAGUAGAUUUAUGUGUAACUGUAACUUAUACAACAUGAACUGUAAACAGACCUUGGUCACAGGUUAUGCAUUUACACAUUUAUUUCCAAAACAAAUUUAGAAAUGGUCUUUAUUCAUCAGAGAAUUUAUUUUGAUGUCCACUUACUUUGGUUCUUACUUCACUGACAGUAGACAGUUAAACAUCAUCAAUGUAUGAAAACGAUUUGGUUAAAAAUCUGUGGGUCAGAGUUUAUAGUUUAUUGUGACUUGCUUUGCAAAGCCUUGUUUGUUCUCAAUCACACGAACAGGCAGAUGAUGACAGUUGGACAGUGGGACUCUUCACUUCAUGUGUCUGAUUCUGAAAACACAAUAGAUUCAGAUUUUACCACCAAUUUACAAAUGUUUAUUUGGUAUCAAAAACGUCAAGAGGCAUUCUUUCAUUAUUACUAAGUGAUCUGUGUUAAAGGUGUGAUAUUACAAUCCUCUUAAAUGUAA